AUGAAGUUGUUGCUUGACAAGAACGCCGACGUCAACGCGCAGGGUGGACACUGCGGUAACGCACUCCAGGCGGCUUCAUCUAGAGGCCACGAGCAGAUGGUGAAGCUGCUGCUCGACAGGGGCGCUGACGUCAACGCGCAGGGCGGACACCACGGCAAUGCACUCCAGGCGGCUUCAUCUGGAGGCCACGAGCAGGUGGUGAAGCUGCUGCUUGGCAAGGGCGCUGACGUUAACAUUCAGGGUGGAUUCUACGGCAACGCACUCCAGGCGGCUUCCUCUGGAGGCCACGAGCAGGUGGUAAAGCUGUUGCUUGGCAAGGGCGCCGAC